CCGAACUCGAACGUCCCGGUGGGAGCUCCCUCGGUUGUGGCGCCCACGUUGAAGCUGAACCGCUAGCUCGGUUCAAGGACCGGACUUCACGAUGGGAAUCCAACCUAUCACGGGGCGAGCUAGCCGACUGUAGACUGUAGGAUUGCUCACCGCGCUGGGUUGUGGUGGCUUGCAGCUAUCGAUUGCCGUUGAUGGCUGAUGCUUGACAUUGGUUGCAUUCCGAAGCGGUGGGAUGUUACUUUGCCUGCUAGCUUCGAUGCGAGGGAGCUGAGGUUUGGAGGUGAGUCAAGGAUUUUCGUACUGUUUAUCUUUCAAGAGCCUCUUCCUCAUGUUUCUCUUUCUCCUUCCUUUGCGUUGUUCGGUCGCUGCUCUCAGGCCACCUUCUCAAGUAUCCUGAGCCUGCUGUCAUUUGUUUCUUUUGGCUAUCGAGUUUAAAGCGACAAAGUCAGGAGCCAUGGGAUCUCCAGAUGAGAACGACGCGUCUGACUACGACCAGAACGUCCAAGAACAGCCUUCCACCCACUCCGCCUCUCUGAAAGAUAUCUCAAAGACGGAAACAAACGAAGUCUCGAAAGAUGACGAUGUCAAGCCUUCCCCACCUUCAUGGAAGCCAGGCGCCCUCAGACAGUUCCCCGUCUACGGCAUCCUCCCAUUGCUGUUGAGCAUAGCAUGCACCGGCAUAGCGAUCCUUAUUGUCCGCCUCUCCCACCACAAAGACAUUGACUCAUGGUCCGGCCGGAAAGCACCGCAAGUGCUGCUUUCGUACACGACUACCGUGGCUAACUCCCUGAUGGGCGUAGCGUUUGCCGAGGCGGCGGUAAUUACCUUCUGGAGGGGAGCGGUGGGCGGGAUGCCGGUUAGUAACUUGCAUUAUGUGUGGUCGAGCUCGAGCAGUGUCGUGGGCGCUUUGACGAGUCUGUGGAGGAGGAGGGCGGUGGGGGUUAGUUUGGUGUCCAUUCUCGUGGCCAUCUCGACCCUGCUACGCGGUCCUUUGAUGCAAAGAGCCACCUUUGUCGAGCUCGUUGAUCUCGAAAUCUUGGACACGAUCAAGAUCCCGGUCAUGGCGAACAUGAGCGAUGAAUGGGGCGGCAUGCUCAGCGGGCAUGCUCUGCAGGACCUCCGGUUUUCGCCUGGCUUUGCGGACGCGGUUGCCGGCUAUCAGACGCAGUCGCCUAUGCAACUUCUUGGGGCUGAUUGUCAAAACUGCUCUGUCAAUGUGGUGGCCUUCGGCUUCCAAGUCAACUGCACGGUUUCCAACAUCCCGUACAAUCUCACCGGCAGUGUCGAGGCCAUCAUGAACGGUACUCUUGGGGCCACAGUGUUCGACUCAAGGAUCAGCGUCGUCAACGAGUCUCCGAGGGGAAGUCUGAUCAACAUCAGCGUGGUGCGCAAAGUCGAUGUCGGAUACGAAGGCAACCUGGAGCACAAAGUCUGCUUGCUUGCUCCUUCUUUGUUGAACUACAGCAUGUUCCUCGACGACAACUUGUUGAGUUUCCAAUCCGAAAACUGGUUUAAUGCCGCAGCUGUGGAAGACCCUGUUAAUCUGCCGCCGGUGGACUCGUUCGUGGCAUCGAUCAACAUGACAGUCCCCUACAUCACCGGCUUCGGCAGCACCAUCCCCGCCCUCCACGCCAUCGGCUCCCUCCUCUUCGACUCCACCUCCAACGUCUCCCACGGCGGCGCCGUAGGCUGGACCACCUCCAACUCCGGUCUGCUCUCCAACCUCUUCUACACCGCCGCCACGCCCGCCGCCCGGCGCAGCUCCGACCCCAAAGAUUACUCCUUUGACGACCCCAUGGGGGACAUCAUCAACGCGUACCGCGACAUUGCGUUCCGCAUGUCUUUGCAGGCGGCGACCGAGGAAAACGAGGGGCUGUCGGAUAAGGACGCGAAGGUUUUCCAAGAGGUGGGGUCCGUAAGUCAUCAGAGCAUGGCGAGGUACGCGAUGGAUAAGGCCGCGCUGGCGGUGGCGGUGGUGAUUAGCUUGAUUGGUCCCGUAGCUACUCUGGUGCUGUUCUGGGGGUGGUGGAAGUUGGGAAGGAGAUUCACGAUGAGUCCGUUGGAGAUGAUCAAUGCUGUGCUUGCGCCUGGGGAGGAGGAGUUCUUUGAUGAUGAUGAUGAUGAUGAUAGAAGGGACUCAAGCGAGGAGAGGCACACGCAAACGCAGCGGCAGGGACAGUCGACGGCGAACCGGAACCGGAAUCGGAAUCAGAGAGAGGUGGCUAGGUUGUUGGCUGAGUGCAAGGGCGAUGCGUCGGGAGCGGAUUUGGCGAAUCAUGUUAGACAGAACAAGAAGGGGGAGGAGCCGGUGUUGAAGUAUGGGGUUGAUGGAAGGGGGAGGCUUUCGAUGAAGGUGGUGGGCGGUGGUGGUGUAAGGCGGAGGAGGCAGAAAGAAGGGGGCUUUGUUUCGGGGUUGGUAGAUGUUUUGUUGAAUGAUGGGUGAAGGGGUGGUUCAGAAUCGUGGA